AUACAGUUCUAGGUGAACUUCUUUGGAACACUCAGUGCACUAGCCAUCACUGCAUCCUCGGCCCACCACAGACUAAACAUGAGCUUCACAGUCGAAGAGAGGGGAAAACCCAAUACUUUGAGCUAUCGUUUGUUUUUCAAAAAUGCUGAUGGAAAGUAUGUCUCCCCAUUCCAUGACAUACCUAUGUAUGCUGAUGAGAGCCAGAACAUUUUCCACGUGGUUGUUGAAGUACCAAGAUGGACAAAUGCAAAGAUGGAGAUUGCAACCAAAGACCCCCUGAACCCGAUCAAGCAGGAUGUGAAGAAGGGGAACCUGCGUUACGUCGCCAAUGUUUUCCCCCACAAAGGCUACAUCUGGAACUAUGGAGCAAUACCUCAGACUUGGGAGGAUCCCGGGCACAAAGAUGAAGACACUGUCUGCUGUGGUGACAACGACCCCAUCGACGUCUGUGAAAUCGGUACCAAGGUGUGUUUGCGUGGGGAGGUGAUCAAGGUGAAGGUACUGGGGGUUUUGGCCAUGAUCGACGAGGGGGAGACGGACUGGAAGGUCAUCUGUCUCUUAUACACAUCUAGAUGUUCAUCCCCCCACUCCUUUUCCCUCACCUGUCACCCUAUCUUGUGUACCUCAGACAUCGGUGACAUCCAGAGGCUGAAGCCAGGUUACUUGGAGGCCACCGUGGACUGGUUCAGGAGGUACAAGGUACCAGAUGGGAAACCAGAGAACCAGUUUGCCUUCAACGGAGAGUUCAAAGACAAGGAAUUUGCCAUUGAGACAAUCAAGAGCACCCAUGGCUUCUGGAAGGCACUUAUCUCUCAGAAGACCAACUCUGGAGGACUCAACUGUAAAAACACGUGUGUGUCAGCUGACGACAGCCCCUUCUGCUGCUCAACAGACGAGGCCAAGGCUGUCAUAGAAGGGACAACCCCUUGUGGAACCGAAGAUCCUAUCCCCUGCUCAGUGGAUAAAUGGUUCUACUAUGAGAAGGAGUAACUUUAAGUCGAAGACUCAAUGGACCAGUGUCUCACCUGUUUAGCAAGUGUACUUGAAGAUCAUAGACUUAAUGACAGUUGGGGGUGUGGCUGCGAAAGAAUAGACUCUCUUCUCCAUACUCUGAAGAUAAGAGAAGAUGGGACAAAAAUAGUGAAAUAAUGUCUGAGGAAAUGUGUUGUUACUGUUAUUUAACAAAUGUCUCAUUGGAGAUGUGCUGUCGAACAGAUAGUACUGGUAGUGUGCUUCCUAUAGCUAGCUACUCAUGUACUGUAUGGGGUCGUAAUUCCUUUAAUAAAGCUUUAUCUGUAAAACAAAAAUA